ACAAUAUCCAAAAUAGCAGGCUUUUCUUGUAUAUAUUUCUUAGAAACUAUUUAAAAAUAUGUAAUUUUACUUUGCUUUUUUCUGAGUUUUAAAAAGUUUUAUUAAGUAAUGUAACUGUAGCACCUUACUUUACUAAUCUCAUGCUUCAAUCCGUCUCUCCCCGAAUAAUUCAGCAAUUUCGAGCCUAUCAAAUUCAGCUCAGCUUUAAUGGCUAAUACGUGCGGCGCAUGCCCAAAGGUCUGGGUCGCCUGCCUGGCCAAAACUUUCUUCGCCGGCUUCCCACAACCGAACUGGCCAGUUGACCGUCGCGGUUCGUCAUGUUCAAACGCGAAAGUAAAAGUUUUCUCUGCCAACGGCUUAUACUACUCCUGGUGUUGGGCGUAGCACAGCUCCAGGCCGAGGUCCUUAACGAAAACUCCCAGCAGGCCAAAUUCGAGUGGCCAUCGUUUCCAUGGACGCGGAACAAGACCAACAAAAACACUCCCUCGUCUCUCAAUGAUCUGGAUUUAAAAAACGAUUACACCCAGAUGGAGUUGGCCAACUUUGGGGACUUUGAUCGCCAUCCGUGUAGAAGAGUGUGCCAGCAGGGUCAGUCCAUGAACUGUUAUUACCAGUUAGUGGUUCACAACUACCAGAGGCUGGGCCCAGAGUGUCAGAGGUGUCAGCAGGACGAAAGGGCUUGCGCCUCCGAAAAUUGCAUCUUCGGCGAUGGUGUAGCCAGUCUGGUGAUGGCAGUGAACAGAAUGGUGCCAGGACCUCCCAUCGAAUUGUGCGAAAAUGAUACUGUUGUGGUUGAUGUACUGAACUAUCUGGGUGAAUCCACCACCAUGCACUGGCACGGUGUCCACAUGAUUCGUACUCCCGAAAUGGAUGGCGCUCCCUAUACCACGCAGUAUCCUUUGCAGCCGGGCGAAGUCCAGCGGUAUGAAUAUCAAGUGGAUCGCAGUGGCUUGCUUUGGUAUCACAGUCACGUCGGCUGGCAGAGGGGCUUCGGGGUGGCUGGUGCCCUAAUCGUCCGGCAAACUCGGCAGGAGAAUGUGCACGCCCAACUCUACGACUACGAUCUAGGGGAACACACUCUGAUGAUACAGGAUAUAUUUUAUAACUAUAACCUGCAGGAGGUUCGCAACAUCCUGGUGAACGGAAAAGGGCGCAAUCAUCUUAGUCAGCUGCCGGAUAAUGACAAUCGCCAUCGGUACGAAAGGCUUCGAGUUACGCCAGGCUACCGCUACAGGAUGCGGGUAGUCCUUAAUGGAAUUGCCAACUGUCCUGUGGAGUUCUCCAUAGAGCAGCACAAGCUUUUGAUCAUCAGCACCGAUGGUAAUGACAUCGAGCCUGUCUUGGCAGAUGGUUUUUUCCUGACGUCCGCCGAGAGAUUUGAUUUCAUCUUGGAGGCCAAUCAGUAUGCCAAAAAUUAUUGGAUCAGGGUUCGUGGAUAUGAGCAGUGUGAGGAAAGAAAUCUCUACCAAGGAGCAGUGCUUAGUUAUCGGGGAUCUGCUCGAACGGAACUGCCGCAAGGCAGUAUCCUGGAGAAUCCAAACAGCCGCUCUGAGGAGGAAGACUCCGUUUGGGUCAACGACUACCGUUUUCGGUCGCCAAAUUCAACAGAUAAGUCCUCCCUGCGCCAAUCCCUGGACAAGGACAACAACGUGGGCACCGUGGCCCUGCGUUCCGUGCAACCAGUGUCCUGGUCCCGCUAUACAAAAUUCCUAACCUACUACUCUAGCUUUGGAUCGCGAACGGCACCCAAUGGUGAAGUUCUCUUCCAGAUUGAUGACAUAUCUUACAACUCUCCGGGGAUAUCGCUGCUGCAGGGUCGACAUCUCUACCAGGACGAUGGUUAUUUUUGCAACAAAAGCUCCCUGGCUCGCGAGGGACGUAACUGCGAACGGGAGCAGUGUGAGUGCACUCACGUGAUCCGCCUUCCAGCAUACAGACCUAUUGAAAUGGUAGUAGCCAAUUUAAUGGAGAACACGCAUCCUUUCCACAUUCAUGGCUACACUAUCCGUUUGGUGGGACAAGGAGUUCUGGCCAAUGCCAAUGAGGUCCGAAAUAUCCGGGAACUCGAUCGCAGAGGCCGUCUUUCUCGCUUGAAGGAUGAUUAUGUCGCGGUGGCAAAGGACACGGUUCAGAUUCCGGGUCUCGGCUACAUAAUCGUUCGCUUCGUAUCUAAUAAUCCUGGAUUUUGGCUAUACCACUGCCAUAUUGAAGCGCAUUCGGUUCAAGGAAUGGUGGCAGUCCUGAAAGUUGGCGAAGAUCAUCAAAUGAAACGCAUUCCGGCACGCGUGCGUUGUUAAAAAUUUUUUAAUCUAUUUAUUAUUUAAAGAUGAAACAAGUGCCUUUGUUGCCAAUUUAAAAAUAUUUUAUUCCUUAAUAAACAAGUAUUUAUAUUUUAUUUAAAAA